AUGGACACAAGAGCAGGCUCAGCAGUGCAGCCGCCGCUGUCGCAGGCAGUCGGCUAUGUGAUAGUCGUGGUUCUCGGCCUGAUUGUUGCUGGGGUCAUGAUGUUUAUCACGCGUCUGCUCAACAGAACCAUUGGCGAAGACAACAAAAAGACCGAAAUGUUCAUGACGGCAAACCGCACCGUGCGCACCGGCCUAACCGCGUCGGCCGUUGUAUCUUCAUGGCUCUGGUCCACCGCCCUCCUCGGCUCCAGCCUCGUCGGCUACAACUACGGUGUCGCAGGCCCCUUUUGGUUCGCCGCGGGCUGCAGCCCAAUGAUCGUCUUCUUCGCGCUGCUGGGGGUAUCAUGCAAACGCAAGAUCCCCGAGGCGCAUACCUCGUUGGAAGUAGUGCGAGUGCGGUAUGGGCGUGUGGCGCAUGUGGUGUUUUUGGUGCUGUGCUUGGUGAAUAAUAUCUUUGCAUGUGCGAAUAUGCUGUUGGGCGCGUCGGCGGUUAUUUCUGCUAUGACCGGAAUGCAUGUCAUCGCAGCGACAUUCCUUCUCCCCCUCGGCGUAUCGCUGUACACAUUUGUCGGCGGUAUCAAAGCAACGUUUUUGACAGACUACUUUCACACCGUGGUCAUUGUGCUCAUCGCAUGCUACUUCUCCAUCAAGGCGUUUACAUACAGCGAAGUCGGCUCUAUCGGGCAGCUGUAUGAUCUCGUCCGGGCUGCCUCUGCGCGAAACCCGGUGUCGGGGAAUGCGCAGGGGACGUAUCUGACCAUGACUUCGAAGGAUGCAAUUCUCUUUGGUAUAAUCCACAUUUGCGGAAACUUUGGUCUCGUCAUUAUGGACACGAGCUACUUUAUCAAAGCCUUUGCCGCGUCCCCCGCUGCAGUCGUCCCAGGCUAUACAAUCGGCGGAAUCGCAUACUUUGCCAUUCCCUGGGCUUUGGGUACAGUGAUGAGCUCAGUGGCCGUUGGCCUGGAAAACAACCCUGUUUUCCCAACCUAUCCACGGAGAAUGUCAACAUCCGAAGUAAGCUCCGGCCUCGUCCUGCCCUACUCAGCCCUCACCAUCGCGGGCCCCGGCGGCGCCGCAGCCGUGGUCCUCAUUACCUUCAUGGCCGUCACAUCCACGCUGUCCGCGCAGGUGAUUGCCGUCAGCUCAAUCAUCAGUUUCGAUAUUUACCGUGAAUACUUUAACCGCGACGCUUCUGAUGCGCAGAUUAUUCGCUGGAGUCAUGUGGGCGUGGUGGGCUUUGUGUUGUUUUCGGCCGCGUUUAGUACGAUGCUGUACUAUGUUGGUGCGGAUUUGCAGUGGACUUUGUACAUGCUUGGAGUCGUCACCUGCCCCGGCAUCUUCCCCAUGGCCUUCACCGUCCUCUGGCGCCGCCAAACCACCCUCGCCGCCAUCCUAUCGCCCAUCCUGGGCCUCGCCACCGGUCUCGCCGUCUGGUUAGGCUGCGCAUACCGUUUUGGCGGCAGCGUGACAGUCGCCACGACCGGCGAGGUUCUGCCGUGCGUGUACGGCACCGUGGCAUCUGCCUUUUCGCCGAUUGCAUACUCUGUCAUCUUGACGUUUGCACUGGGAAAACCGCAGGCGUAUGACUGGGCGCAGUUCAAAAAUGAGAGGCUCGCGUUGGGGAAGAUUGACUCGGACUCGGCUUCUCCGUCCGAUCAGGAAGACACUCAUGUCGCAAGCGGAGAGAAUACGCGUCCCUCCAAGGACAACGAACUCAAACGCUGGGCGCGCAUUGCCACGUUUUGGUCGGUUGCCACGUUUCUCGGACACUGGGUGAUAUGGCCGCUGCCGAUGUAUGGCAGCCACUAUGUAUUUGGGAAAAAGUUCUUUACCGCGUGGGUGGUUGUUGCUAUUAUAUGGCUGUGGCUGACGCUGCUCAUGGUCAUCUUCUAUCCUCUCAUAGACGGUGGGAUCGAGCAGAUUGGGCAGGUGUUUAAACAGUCGUUUGGUAAGAAAACUGAAAAAGGUGAAAGCGCUGCUGAUGCUGCAAAUGGCGACGGCAUUAAGAACGCACAUACAGAGGUCAAAGCUGGAUAA